UUGUCUUUGAGAGAGAGAGAGAGAGAGUGAAUCACAACAAGCAUGACCUGGCAGAUUUGGGGGAAUCAUCAUCAAAUAUGGCACUGGGGUCCUCUACGCCUUUGAACUUCAUAAUAACACCACCACCACCACCACCACCACCACCACCGGCAGGAGAUUCUUCAAGGCUUGGUUUGGGAGUUUUUUCCACAUCUACGGCUAUUAACAACUCAUCCACCUCCUUAUUUUCUGCACCAUCUAUGACUGGACAGAAGCCUGUUUCAGAAGGCUUCGGGUGCAAUCCUUUUCCACUUGGAAACCCAUCCCAAACAAAACAAGAGACAUCGGGUGCAAUCCUUUUUGGUUCAAAACCAUCCUCUGGUGCAUUCAUUCAGCCAGCAACAAGCCAGCGACCAGGACUUGAUGCCUCAAGUUCUCAUGCUUUUGGGUUUGCAACAGCUUCAGCAUUUGGUAGCACAGGAACAAACCCUUUUGUGUCUAGUACACCUGCAUCCUCAUCUUGUGGAUCUUUUAGUAUUGCUCUAAAGUGUGCUACUUGUGAAGGUUUUGAUUGGAUUCCUCAUAUAACACAAACAAAUCACCCUCUAUUUGGUUCCACACAACCCUUGGGUGGAUCAAUUCAAUCUAUGUUUACUUCUCUUACACUGGGUUCUCUUAGAAUCGGUCUGAAGUGUGCAACUUGUGGAGGUUUUGAUUGGGUUCCUCAUUUAACACAACCCUUGGGUGAAUCAAGUCAGCCUAAGUUUGCUAGUUUUAAAAUACCAGGUUUUGGUACUAAUAGAUGCUUUCCAACAAAAGGUGCUACGAGCAACCCUAUUUUUGGGACUCCAGCAACUUCAACAUUUGGUAGCAUAGGAACAACCUUUGGCUCAUCCAGUGCAUCCACAUCUGGGGCUAUGAACAAACAUGUUUUUGAGUCAUCAAGCACUCCUGCUUUUGGCUCUUCAAGUGCUCCAUCCUCCAGCUUCAGUACAACUCCGGCCUUCAGCUCCAUUUGGAUGUAGUCCAUCUCUUUAUGGAGUUCAGAAUUCUUCUUCAGGCUAGUUUCUCGUGUUGAUGGCAAUGUUGAAGAUGGGAGAAUGUAGCUUUGUUUUGUUGUUAGUAUGUCAGAAAAUUUCAAAUCCUGUUAUGUAAAAUUUCAUCUUUUUUUUUUUCUUUAUUAAUGUAAAUUAUCUUCUAGAGCGAAAAAAAAAUUGGGACGUCUAAGAAAAGACACAUUUCAGAUUUGUUUAGUAAUUGUAGUCACAGUCAUUUUAGGAUUUUGAAAGUUUCUUGUGUUAUGUUUUUGUUGAUGGUCAUGCCGAAGAUGGAUUUUUUGGUCAAGUAAAUUUAUUUUUGGUUUAAUUUGUUCUCUGCUGAUAAUCAUGCUGAAGGUGGAAUCUGAAUUAUUCUCAUUGUUCAUCCUUUUGGGUAUGCUCGGAUG